AUGGCUCCGUCCUUUCUAAGCGUCGCAAAGUUCGUCGAGGCAAUAUUUCGCCGGAGAUUCACCUCCGCUGGUCUCUCUCUACAAACUCUAUCCAUAGACUCAGAAACCACCAUACAGUUUUGGGGCCCACCACCGUCUCCGUCGCCGGAAAAUAAACAGAAACCUUCGCUCCUACUUCUCCACGGGUUUGGCCCUUCCGCUGUAUGGCAAUGGAGCAGUCAGGUAAAGCCACUCUCUGCCUUAUUCCGUCUCUACAUCCCCGACCUCGUCUUCUUCGGCGGCUCCACCACGACCUCCUCUUCCUCCGACGAGAACCGGUCGGAGAUGUUCCAGGCUUCGAGCAUGGGUAAGCUGAUGGAGCAACUUGGUGUCGAGAGGUUCAGUGUUGUCGGGACGAGCUACGGUGGGUUUGUGGCGUAUAACAUGGCGAAAAUGUUUCCGGAGAAAGUGGAGAAAGUGGUUCUUGCUAGCUCCGGCGUUAAUAUGCGACGGAGUGAUAACGAAGCGUUCAUCGCGAGGGCCAAGUGCCGUGGUAUCAAGGAGGUGAUGCUUCCUUCCUCGGGGACGGAUCUCCGGAGAUUCUCUGGGGUGGUUUCUUCUAGGAGACUCGAUUAUGUCCCAGUUUUUGUCUUGAACGACUUUUGCCAGAAAAUGUAUUCGGAGAAAAGAGAGGAAAAAGCAGAACUUCUGGAGGGGCUAAGUAUUGGGAGGGACGACAAAAUAAACGUUUCUCCAAUUCAACAGGAUGUAAUGCUGAUAUGGGGGGAGCAAGAUCAGGUUUUUCCUUUGAAAAUGGCGCAUGAACUCAAAGAGUAA